AUCUUGAACAUGGCCGAUCCCCCGAACCCAAGCUUCCGCUUGCUCUCCGAGUCGGAGCUGAACCAAGAUGACCCAUAUGACUUCGAACUACACGACGAAAACGUGGCUCGAAACGUCAAUGUUGCAAACACAUUUUCUCUUAUGAGGGCAGUCGUCGAGCUCAAGGUCUUACAGGCCACGAAAUAUAUGGUGCAUAUCUCCCGUGCCAAUUCAUUGUCAGCCUCGGGCCGGAAAUCGACCAUCCAUCGUGCCAUAGACCGCAGAGAACGGCGCAUCGCCGACAUUGUUUACUCUAUGACAAACGAUGACUUUGAGGAGGGUUUUUGCGAGGUUGCGUCGCAGGUUCACCUUCCACCUCAGACUUUGCCUCAGCGCAUUCUAUCGCCGUCUGAGAUAUUAGAGGCGCUCGAGACCGCGGAAGAAGCGGCCAGUGAGGAUGAGGUAGUCCUGCAAGGACCGUCAUCGCCUGCUUCAUCUGUGAGAAUACAAAAUACCAACACUUCAGUCAAUGAGGAUGCAACAGUCAUAGAUGAAGUAAAUGAGAAUGUGCGAAACGGAGUGGAAGGUGUGGAAGGUGUGGAUGGUGAAGGAACGAGAGUGCCUAGUGAUUUAUCUUCGUUUCUCCCAACGCCUGGCAGUGGUUCGGUCUACUCUUCGUUGGAGAGAAGUUUAUCAGCGAGCAAUGUACAUUCUGUCGCAUCGGGUCCCCGGCAGUGCCAGAUUGUCUCGGCAGCUCAAUACACCAAGAUUGUCUCGGAGAGAGAGCCACAGUUUAGCGUCGUCAGUCAGCCAUAUUCGAUCGACUCCUUAGUUGCAGAUAGUGCGCGGAUCGAUCGUUCUGCGCUCGAGAUGAACGCACAUCGUCAAUUGAAGUCUGCAGAUAGUUUCCCGGGAGAAUUUCCCAUUAGCGAAGGGCUGGAAUACAGCUCGCUGGCGACCGCAAAGCAUCAUUCGCGCAUGCCUUCAAUAAGGACGUCGGUGCGCCCGUUUUCUGACUUGUAA